AUGGCCACCACUGCUGCCAACAACGGCGCUGUCGACCAGCUCGCCAGCGACCUGAGCAACGCCUCGCUCAACGGCACUGACAAGAACGCCCCCGCCGUCAACACCAACGUUGAGUCUGGCGCCCAGGGCGACAAUGCCGACGCCGCUGGCCCUACACCCGGCUCCGCUGCUCCCCACCCCCAGGCCUCUGCGUCCCUCUACGUCGGCGAGCUCGACCCCUCCGUCACCGAGGCCAUGCUCUUUGAGCUCUUCUCCCAGAUUGGCUCCGUCGCUUCCAUUCGUGUCUGCCGUGAUGCGGUUACCCGCCGCUCUCUCGGCUAUGCGUACGUGAACUACAACACCACCUCCGAUGGUGAGAAGGCUCUCGAGGAGCUCAACUACACUCUCAUUAAGGGUCGCCCCUGCCGCAUCAUGUGGUCUCAGCGUGACCCCGCUCUGCGCAAGACCGGCCAGGGCAACGUCUUCAUCAAGAACCUCGACGUCGCCAUCGACAACAAGGCUCUGCACGACACUUUCGCUGCUUUCGGCAACAUCCUGAGUUGCAAGGUCGCCCAGGACGAGCACGGCAACUCCAAGGGUUACGGAUUCGUUCACUACGAGACUGAUGAGGCUGCUUCCCAGGCUAUCAAGCACGUUAACGGCAUGCUUCUCAACGAGAAGAAGGUCUACGUCGGUCACCACAUCCCCAAGAAGGACCGCCAGAGCAAGUUCGAGGAGAUGAAGGCCAACUUCACCAACAUCUACGUCAAGAACAUCGCCAACGAGGUUACUGACGACGAGUUCCGCGACCUCUUCACCGCCUUCGGUGAUGUCACCUCUUCCUCCCUCGCUCGCGAUCAGGAGGGCAAGAGCCGCGGCUUCGGCUUCGUCAACUUCACCACCCACGAGGCUGCCGCCAAGGCUGUUGAUGAUCUCAACGGCAAGGACUUCCGCGGACAGGACUUGUACGUUGGCCGAGCCCAGAAGAAGCACGAGCGCGAGGAGGAAUUGCGCAAGUCUUACGAAGCUGCUCGCAUGGAGAAGGCCAGCAAGUACCAGGGUGUCAACCUGUACAUCAAGAACCUUGACGACGAGGUUGACGAUGAGAAGCUCCGCCAGCUUUUCGCCGAUUUCGGCCCCAUCACCUCCGCCAAGGUCAUGCGUGACAACGCCACCGAAUCCGGCAACGAGGACGAGGGUUCUUCCGAUGACAAGGAGAACGAGCCCAAGAAGGAGGAGGGUGAGGAGAAGGCCGAGGAGGCCAAGUCCGAGGACAAGGAGGAUGCCGACAAGAAGGCCGACAAGAAGUCGGACAAGAAGCCCCAUGGUAAGAGCAAGGGCUUCGGCUUCGUCUGCUUCAGCAACCCCGACGAUGCCACCAAAGCUGUCGCCGAGAUGAACCAGCGCAUGGUCAACGGCAAGCCCCUCUACGUCGCCCUUGCCCAGCGGAAGGAUGUUCGCAAGAGCCAGCUUGAGGCUAGUAUCCAGGCUCGCAACCAGCUCCGCAUGCAGCAGGCCGCCGCCGCCGCCGGUAUGCCCCAGCAGUACAUGCAGCCCCCUGUCUUCUACGCCGCUGGUCAGCAGCCUGUCUUCCCUCAGGGUGGUCGCGGUAUGGCCUUCCCCCAACCCGGUAUGGCCAUGCCUGCCGUUCAGGGCGGCCGCCCCGGUCAGUUCCCUGGCGGUUACCCGCAGCAGGGCGGACGUGGUGGCCUUCCCCAGCAGAUGCCCCCCGUCUACGGCAUCCCUGGCCAGUUCCCUCCCGGCGCUCCCUACCCUCAGCCCGGCAACCCCCAGUUCCUCGCUGCCAUCCAGCAGGUUCAGCAGGCCACCAUGGGCGGCGGCCGUGGCGGUCCUCAGGGCGGUCGUGGCCCCGUUCCCCAGGGCAUGCCUAUGCCCGGCCCCGGUAUGCCCGGCUUCCCCCCCAACGCCCGCCAGGGUGGCAACCAGCCCGGCGCCGGUCGCGGUGCCAACCCCAACGCUCCCCGCAACGCCCCCUUCCCUCAGGGUGGACGUGGAGCUCCCGCCCAGGACCUCAACAGCGGCAGCCUCAUCCAGCAGCAGCUCGCUGCCGCCGGUAGCAACCCCGGCCAGCAGAAGCAGAUCCUCGGUGAAGUCAUCUUCCCCAAGAUCCAGGCCAUUCAGCCCGAGCUUGCCGGCAAGAUCACCGGUAUGCUCCUCGAGAUGGACAACGCUGAGCUUGUUAACCUCAUCGAGGACGAGUCCGCUCUCAAGGCCAAGGUCGACGAGGCCCUCGGCGUCUAUGAGGAGUACAUCAAGGCUCAAGGCGGCGAGGAGGGCGAGAAGAAGGCCGAGGAGACCAAGGCUUAA